ACUUUAUUUUCAUUUUUUUUCUAAAUUGACAGUUGACACUUCGUGUUUAAAGUCGAAAAUUCAUUCAUUUGUGUUCGAACACGAACAGAUGAAUUUGAUGUCAUAAUUUUUAUUAAAAUUACAAACUGCAAUUUAACUGGUAUCGAUUGUGUAGGAAUAUUAAGUGCGUACAUUGUUAUAAUAAAAAUGUUAAAUUCAUUUUUUAGAGGCCUAUUAGGCACAGAAGAAUCCCCAACAAAAGUGAUAGAAGUGCGUUCAGACAAUUAUGUCUCUAGGCCGAUACACUACAGAGAAGAUUCCAUGUUAUUAUACGGCCCUAAACUUUCGGAUGGAAAAAAUAACUCGAAGGACAAAUAUUUUGAGAUUAUUCUAUACAAACCGUUCACAGACAGCACACAUCAGAUGUACAGCCUGUUUCGAUCCGAAAGCCAAGAAAUUGCAGAGGAGAAGUUUAUUGUGUACAAAGAGAGAAUACCAGUCUACAUCAAAAUAACGAAAGAGUGCACAAUAGCAAGUCUCCAAAAACUCUGCGACACACUUUCCAAGCACCAGUCAUGGUCAAUAGCCCACUUGGCAGCCCACUUUGGGCUCUACGAGCUGUUCAAUGACCCUGGGGUCCAAGCGCAUCUCAAUGAAGUUGACCCUGCCACUGGAGCUACGCCUUUGAUGGUGGCAGUGAAGUCUUGUAACGUCCGCAUGGUCCAAAGCCUUGUCUCCCUACAAUGUUCCCUGGACACUCUGGAUGUAGAUGGCAACACCGUGUUCCAUUACGCAGCUGCCAGUAACAAGGAGAUUAUUAAUGCUCUCGCAAGCAAAACAGUAGCAUCUCUCAACGUAUACAACAAGCAAGGAUACACACCUCUACACAUGGGCUGCCUAGCCAACGCGCCAGACUGCGUGCGAGCGCUGCUAUUGGCCGGCGCUGACGUGAACCUGCCGGCUAAGAGACAGUCCACUGCUAAUACUACUAACGCUAUACCAAUACCAGGUAUCGUCGGUGACGUACUCCAAGACAAUUUACCCAAACUUUACCAACAAGACAUGAAGUACGGCGGCACGCCUCUCCACUGGUCCAUCUCUCGCGAAGUGAUCGAAGCUUUAGUGGACAGGAAAUGUGACAUAAACGCUAUGAACUUUGAGGGAAGAACGGCGUUACACGUGAUGGUACUAAGGGGAAGGUUGGACUGUACUAUAGCGCUACUGUCUAGAGGCGCGGACCACUCCAUAGCAGACAGCGAAGGCAAUACUCCCCUACACUUAGCGGUCAAGCAAACAAACAUAUCUCUGGUAGAAGCACUGAUAGUGUUCGGGGCAGAUUUGGAAGCUCUGAACAAUGCCGGCUACACCGCCCGGCAUAUGGUGCCCUGUGAGAUGUCCAGCAGUAACUACGAUAAGAUAUUGUAUGUUCUCCAUGCUGUGGGGGCUCAGAGAUGUUCAGCGGAUGUCGUCGGCUGCGGCCCCGGCUGCGCGGCCCGCGGCGACUACAACGGCGUCCCUCCGCCUAGUGUACCGCGGCCCUCCUCGCGUGACGUCAUCAGCCACAUGCUGAGCGUGGCCGCCAUGGAGCGCGCCUCCACGCUGCCCGCCAGUGGCAAGCAGGGCCGCCUCCUCUGCCUCGACGGCGGCGGCAUCCGUGGCCUAGUACUCGUCCAAAUCCUAAUCAACUUAGAAGCAGCCAUCGGCCGCCCCAUCAUCCACUGUUUCGACUGGGUAGCUGGCACCAGUACCGGAGGCAUUCUGGCUUUGGCCCUAGCCAGUGGGAAAACUUUGAGAGACUGCCAGAGAUUAUACUUUCGCAUGAAGGAAUACGCUUUUGUCGGUAUGAGACCGUACCCUUCAGAAGCAUUGGAAAACAUUCUAAAGGAUAAUUUAGGUACGGAAACCGUAAUGGCCGACCUGACUCAUCCAAAGCUGAUGAUCCUAGCUUUGCUGGCAGACAGGAAACCAGUGGAUUUGCAUAUAUUUAGGAACUACCAGUCAGCACAGGAAAUACUGGAUGCGCAUAACAAAAUUAGCCCUCGUGUGAACGAAGCGGGUGACGCGAUAGGGCUUUCCCCACCGCCACCUCCCAGCCAGCAGCUGGUGUGGCAGGCCGCCCGCGCCACCGGCGCCGCGCCUUCCUACUUCACCGCCUCGGGCAGAUACCUCGACGGCGGCCUAAUGGGGAACAAUCCAACUUUAGACGCGUUAUCAGAAUUAGCCGAAAUGCGGCUAGCGUUGCGGGCUACGGGACAAAUUGAAGAAGCGAGCAAGACUGACCUAAAAGUUGUGGUUUCAUGUGGCACAGGUAUAAACCCGCUGUGCAAGAUCAAAGACUUCGACGUAUUCAAGCCAGAAAGUGUGUGGGGAGUGGCCAAGCUCGCCUGGGGACUUUCUGCUCUUGGAAACCUCCUGGUAGACCAGGCAACCCAAUCCGACGGGCGCGUAGUGGAACGCGCGCGCGCCUGGUGCUCGACCCUCGGCGUCCCCUACUACCGCUUCUCCCCCCCACUCUCCAAGGACGUGGCCAUGGACGAGCGCUCGGACGAGACGCUGGUGCGCAUGCUGUGGGAGACGCACGCGUACAUGCGCGAGCACCGCGACCGCGUCGCCGAGCUGGCCGCGCUGCUGGCCGAGCCCGUCGGACCAGGUUCACAGAAUGAAAAAUAACGGUAGUCUGCAGUCGUAAGUAACAGCUUAUCGGGCCGAUUCGAUUCGUAUUGUCGGAGAUAAAUUAUUUCAAAUAUUAUAAAUUUAUGGAGUAUACAUGGUGGCUCAUUCAAAUCGGUCAGUUUGGGAAAGUCUGAAACUAAAGACUGUAUCGUUAAGUAUGAAGACAACUUUG